AUGGCGAACAACUCUCAAAUUGGAUCAAGUUCCCACGACCCCCUAAAACGUUCUUACAGUCAAAUUGGUUUGGAAGUGGCCUUGGCUAUUCUAAUCUCCCUCAUGUCCUUCCUCGGCAACUUAUUAGUUGUCUAUGUUGUCCAUAAAGACUCCAGACUCAAGAGCUUGACGAAUAUAUUCAUCCAAAACCUGGCAUUGACUGACAUUGCCAUGGCAACGCUACACAUGCCCUAUUGGGUAAUAAGCCUGUAUACAGGGACUUGGAUUUUUAGCGAGACGUGGUGUGAUUUUCAAGCCUUGAUUGAGGCUACGUUAGGAAUUGCCUCUAUCCUCAAUAUGGGACUUAUCGCCUUCAACCGAUAUAUCCGAGUUGUCAAACCAGCGCAGCUUUACAGCAGGCUUUUCCCUAGCAAGAAAAUGGCCCGAGUCUAUAGCGCCCUCGUAUGGAUAUCUUCCAUGCUUCUUGCAUCACCGCCAUUGUACGGUUGGGGCAAGAUGGUGUACCACCCUACAUAUGCUAUCUGCAGUUUUAACUGGGAAAUCGAGCAUAUUUCAUAUGUCAUAAUACUCGUGGGCGGAGUGAACAACACGACCACAAUUGCAAUAUUUUACUGCUACUACAAAAUUUACAAGACUCUUAAAGAAAGCAGUAACAAUCUAAAUGCCCUUAGCACAGAUGACGGAGCGAUAUUUUCUGGACGUCCUCGAGCUGAUAUUAGAGUCUUGAAAACCAGUUUCACUGUCGUUUGUGUAUUUCUGAUAAUAUGGGGACCAGUGACUGUUGUUGUGGUAAUGGAGUCCGCUGAGUAUUUUGUCGCUAGGGAGGUUUCCACGGCAGUUUUUUUCCUUAUGUUCACAGGUAGUUUAGUAAAUCCAUUUAUAUACGGGAUUAUGAAUCCUCAGCUCCGAGCGGCCUUCAAAAGGGCUUUAAGCUUUGGUCGGUGUGAUAACAACCAGGUAAUUCAGAUUGGCCAACCUCAAUCUGAUGAGGCGAUAUGA